AUGAAUAAUUGUAAUAUACCAAUUGUUGUUUUACCCACGUCGUUGUUUGCCAUUAGUAGUGGCAGUGAGAGUAAUGAUUCAAAAAAGAAAUCAUCAAAAAGAAGGAGAAGGAAAUGCAAAAAAUUGAGCUUUGAAAAUUUUAAUUUAUCUUCUCUUCCUUUUAAGGUGUUGUUCAUUUUUGGCGUUAUAGUUGUUCUGUUACAUAAUAAAGAGCCAUUCGGAUCUCAAGUGAAUGAUAGAUCUUUAAGAGCAUUAGGUGAAUAUUAUGGAAAUCAUGAAGGUAAUAGAGGUCCAUGGAGUAAUGAACAAAAUGUGAAUUAUCAAGGACAAAUGGCAGUGCCAUAUAAUGGUGAACAACAGUUUAGAAUGCAUGAUCCAUAUCAUUUGGAAAAUUAUGAUAAUAAUGAUAUGGGAAAUUCUGAAGGACCAUCAAUGGAAGUUAAUAGAGAUUUUAAUGGAUUACAGAACCCAUCAUUAUGUAAUAACACUCAUCAUAAUAUGGAUGAUCCUAAUGACGUAUCCAAUAGAGAACAAUUUGAAAGAAUGAAUGAUGAUAAUGGUCAACAUCAUCCCAUGGAAGCAGUAUUAGUAGGACCGCCAGGAAGUAAUUCUAAUGAGCAGGUUCUUCAAGUUGAAACAAAUGAUUAUAACGGUGAUACACAAUAUAACGGAUAUAAUGAAAAUAUUAAUGGGGAUAAUGGAAAUGAUUCAACACCAAGGGAAGCUGAAGGUUAUGACGGUUCAGAGGGUGAAACUUUAACAGGAACUCAUGAUUAUAAUAAUGUCGUACAGGAAAAUCAAGAGGGACAGAAUGAAAAUAAUAAUAACAAUUUGACGCCUGAAGGUAAUGAUUCGAAUGCAGGUGAACAAGGAAAUUAUUCUACAUAUGAUGAAUCAAAUGCACAAGGAUCUAAUUUAGGGGGGGGUGCAGAUGGAAGUACUGCAAAUGAAGAUAUCAUAAGAAGGGGAUUAGAAAAUUUAUAUAAUAAAAUUGAUUUAACAUCGCGAGAAGAUUUAGCUUUAAAGGAAUGGAUUACUAAAGCAUUAAGUGGAAAUCUUAUGAGUAAAACAAAUGGAGAAAAUCAGCAAUUAAAUGUAGAAUCACCAAAUCAAGAAGGUAACGAAAUGGAAGAAGAAAGUUCAAUUAACGAGUGGAUGAACAAACAAGGUUAUGGAGAUUUAUAUAACAAUUUAAACCUAGGUGAUCCAAAUGCUGAACAUAUGGAAAAUGAGAAUAAUGAAAGAAAUGAAAAUGAACAUGAAGGUAAUGUUAGUGGAACUAAUGGGGAAUCAGGUGAAUCACAAAUGAUGCCUGGAAAUUCAAACAUGAUGGAUUUUAGGAAUCAACAAGGAGGACCAGGUGUACCACAUAUGAUGCCUGGAAAUCCAAACAUGAUGGAUUUUAGGAAUCAACAAGAAGGAGGACCAGGUGUACCACAUAUGAUACCAGGUCAUCCUAAUAUGAUGGAUCCUAGGAAUCAACAAGGAGGAGGACCAGGUGUACCACAUAUGAUACCAGGUCAUCCUAAUAUGAUGGAUCCUAGGAAUCAACAAGGAGGAGGACCAGGUGUACCACAUAUGAUGCCUGGAAAUCCAAACAUGAUGGAUUUUAGGAAUCAACAAGAAGGAGGACCAGGUGUACCACAUAUGAUACCAGGUCAUCCUAAUAUGAUGGAUCCUAGGAAUCAACAAGGAGGAAGACCAGGUGUACCUCAUAUGAUGCCAGGUCAUCCUAAUAUGAUGAAUCCUAGGAAUCAACAAGAAGGAGGACCAGGUGUACCACAUAUGAUACCAGGUCAUCCUAAUAUGAUGGAUCCUAGGAAUCAACAAGGAGGAGGAAGGCCUGGUGAACCACAUAUGAUGGAUCCUAGGAAUCAACAAGAAGGAGGACUAGGUGAACCACAUAUGAUGCCAGGUCAUCCUAAUAUGAUGGAUCCUAGGAAUCAACAAGGAGGAGGAAGGCCAGGUGAACCACAUAUGAUACCAGGUCAUCCUAAUAUGAUGGAUCCUAGGAAUCAACAAGGAGGAGGACCAGGUGUACCACAUAUGUUACCAGGUCAUCCUAAUAUGAUGGAUCCUAGGAAUCAACAAGGAGGAGGACCAGGUGUACCACAUAUGUUACCAGGUCAUCCUAAUAUGAUGGAUCCUAGGAAUCAACAAGGAGGAGGACCAGGUGUACCACAUAUGUUACCAGGUCAUCCUAAUAUGAUGGAUCCUAGGAAUCAACAAGGAGGAGGACCAGGUGUACCACAUAUGAUACCAGGUCAUCCUAAUAUGAUGGAUCCUAGGAUGCAAGGAAGAGGGGGAAGACCUGGUGAAUCUUGUAUGAUUCCAGGUUAUCCAAGUAACAUAAGGGGCCAAAGCCAGGAAGAAAUUAAAAGACAGCAGGAAGAAGACGCCGAAAUUAUUUUUAAUUUAAGGAGUGGAAAAAAGAUAGAUGAUGAUGAGGAAGAGGAAGAUCCCCGCAAAAGUAGAAGUGAAACAAGAGGAAGUACAAGUCAGACUACUAGAAGAAACAGACCAACAAUUAUUGGAAGUCCACAUAAUCCUAUUAGACUUAAAGGACAUGGUGCUUCUUCCAGUAGCCAUCAUACGAGCUCAAGAAGAGAUGAAUCCUCACAUCACCGUAGAUCAAGGGAAGAAGAUUAUGAUUCUGGAAGUAAUGAUGCUAGAAGAGGUGGCCACAGAAAUAGAAGACAAGAAGUAGGACAUCAUUCAGCUAAUGGAAAUGGAGUUUUACCAUUUGGUUGUUCUCAAGGUGAGUUACAAGAACAAUUAAGCGAAGAAGAAUUAAAUGAAAGACUAAAAGGCUUAAGAGAAAAUGCAUCUGUUAAAGAAAUGUUUACUUUAUUUAAUCAGGUUAUUUUUCAUGAGAGAAAAAAUUUUGUUAAAAUGCAAGAAUAUAUAAUGGACUAUUCUAAGUAUUUACAAAAAACAAUGAUGUUACCAACACCUAUUAGAAUGAAAUAUUGGUGGAGAGCUCAUUACAAUAUGACCGAUGAACUUAUAAAGAAGGAAAAAUCAGACUUUAAUGAUUAUUGUGCUUUUGUAAACAAAGGACAAUGCGACAAAUAUAACUUUUUAUAUUUUGUUAAAGCAAAGAGAGCAUCAUGGAAAGAGCUUAGAGAAUUAAUGAAAAGUAUAUGGAUGGAAAUUUUAACAUACAAAAUGAAAAAACAUAGUAAAAUGUAA